CGCCAGCAUGUCCGCGCCCUGCUGUGCAGGCCAGUUGGCCUGCUGCUGUGGUACUGCUGCAUGUGCGCUUUGCUGCAAAUGCUGUCCAAAGAUAAAACAGUCAACCAGCACCCGAUUUAUGUAUGCAAUGUACUUCAUUUUGGUGACUCUCAUCUGUUGCGUCAUGAUGUCCGAGACAGUAGCAAAAGAAAUGAAAGAACAUAUUCACCUUUUUGAAACAGUAUGCCAACAUAUUCAGGCAGGGGAUUCCUGUGAAAAGCUGGUGGGCUACUCUGCCGUUUACCGUGUAUGUUUUGGAAUGGCCUGCUUCUUUUUCAUCUUCUUCUUGCUCACAAUGAAGAUUGACACUAGCAAAAGCUGCCGUGCAUACAUUCACAAUGGAUUUUGGUUUCUUAAACUUCUUGUCUUGGCAGCCAUGUGCUCAGGAGCCUUUUUCAUUCCAGACCAGGAUACCUUCCUUAAAGCAUGGCGUUAUGUGGGUGCUGUAGGGGGGUUCCUCUUCAUCCUCAUUCAACUUAUGCUGCUAGUAGAAUUUGCACAUAAAUGGAACAAGAAUUGGACAUCUGGAGCUAAGCACAAUAAACUCUGGUACGGCUCCUUAGCACUUGUGACACUUGUAUUGUAUUCCAUUGCUGUUGGAGCUCUGAUUGUGAUGGCUGUCUUUUACACUCGUGCUGAAGGCUGUACAUUUAACAAGAUCCUGCUUGGUGUCAAUGGCGGCUUGUGCUUGCUAAUUUCAAUGGUAGCUGUCUCUCCCUGUGUCCAAGAACGUCAGCCACAUUCUGGCUUAUUGCAGUCAAGCGUAAUCAGCUGUUAUGUCAUGUAUCUCACAUUCUCAUCCCUUUCAAGUAAACCUCCAGAACAAAUCCUAGAUGAGAAUCAGAAGAACAUCACAAUCUGUGUGCCUGAAUUCAGCCAUGGGCUGCAAACAGAUGAAAACUUGGUGACUGGACUGGGAACUGCCAUCCUUUUCUGUUGCAUUUUAUAUUCAUGCUUGACCUCAACAACACGUGCCAGCUCUGAAGCAUUGAGAGGAAUAUAUGCAACACCAGAAACAGAAGUAGCUCGUUGCUGCUUCUGCUGUUCUCCCGACGAAGAUGCUAAUGUGGAAGAACCUGCUGGCAGAAGGGGUGGCCAGAGGGUCAUUUACGAUGAAAAGAAGAACACUGUAUACAGCUAUGCCUUUUUCCACUUUGUGUUCUUCCUAGCUUCUCUUUAUGUGAUGAUGACUGUUACUCACUGGUUCCACUAUGAAACUGCAGCAAUUGAAAAAUUCUUCGCUGGAACCUGGUCCAUCUUCUGGAUUAAGGUCGCCUCCUGUUGGGUGUGUAUCCUCCUCUACUUGUGGACUCUUCUCGCUCCAUUCUGCUGCCCAACCAGAGAGUUCUCAGUGUGAAGCUUCUUCUGCUCCAAGUCCAGUGGUUUAGGGAAGAGAUGAACAAGACCAUGUAGUAACCAUCCUAAGGUUGUUGGUUAGGACAUUGUUUCCUCUUUCCUAUAAAAUCUCUUUAAAAACUUCUACAGUAAUUACAUAAGCAGAAUUAAGCACCCAAAGGAACUCUUAGAUCAAAAGUGUCACCUCAAUCUGGAACUCAGAUAUGGACACUGUCAAAUAUUCCAUAAGAUUUUUUUUAUUAACACCUUAACUUUAUGGAUUGUCUAUUAUGCAGAUAUUUUGUGUUCCUCUUCUGAAAUACAAAUUGCCUUUUCAUACAUAGGGGAAAGUAUUUUUUGUUUUCAGUCUUGCAGUAAGACUAUUGCUGACAUGUUACAAUCCGCACAGAUGUUGCUAUUCACUGUGUCACUUGUUUGGUUGGUUUGUUGACUUUGUUUUUGACAAAUAAACCAAACAUUGAAAUUGCUAGGAGGAAAACUGUCCUCCUAAGUGGGAAAAUUAUCCACUCAUUAAUUUCUUUUUCUAUGCUAGAUGCUCAUAGUAAAUUAUUGCAAAUGUGGGAUUAUGGAAGAAAAGGGUUUGUGGGUAUAGAAAUAUUUAUUUAUGGUAUUAAUGAAAGGCACCUUUAUGAAUCACUGGGUUAUAGGAUGUGGAACACUGUAAAUGUUGGUGCAAUUAAUUAACAACAGUUAUGAGCUACUCUGGGAGUCACGGCAUCUUACAAAAUAUUCAGAAGUAGAUUGCGAGCAACAAAUUGUGCAUUAUGCCUGUGUUUUCUGAGUUGUUCUAGUGAGUCUGAGGAUUUUCCUUUGUGUGAAAUGAUUGCUGAGUCAAUACAGCCUGCAAUCUCCUUGAAAAUGUGAUCUAAUAAAAUGAAGUGUAGGGUGUAUUUGCAGGAUCAAAUGAUGGACAUUAGGUUUUAGAAAAGUGAAUUCUGGGAGAAACAGGAGGAGAUUGAUACACCCCUAAAACUGGCUCUGGGGAUAUAGCUGGAAAACUGUGUGGAGCUUGUUUUCCACUGGCAGGGAAGGCAGCCGGGUGGAGAAAGGAGGAGGAGAAAAUCCAAAAAGUUCCAGCUGUGGAACAUUGAAUUUCAGUACAAGAAGUCAAGUAAAGAUUGGCAUUAUAGAGUAGUCUUAACUGUGAACAUUCCUUGUUAUUUUCCGAGGAGAGGUGUUUCAUUGUUGUUCACUGUUCUGCUCUCUCUUAGAUUCCAAAUUUCAUCUGCAAGUAUCUUUUGAUAUAACUUGUUUGAAGUGGAAUUGUGGAUAGUUUGUAGACAAAACACAUUUAACUCAGUGGCUGGAAUCCUGCUGGUGCUUAUUAAGCUUUGCAUAACUACAUGUGGUUAAUUGAUGAUGGCGAGCAUCUUGGUUGCACAAUCAUGUACGGGUCUAGGUUUGUGACUGAGAUGUGCCCUAGCAUCUUAUGAGUUAGCCACAGCAAGAUACACAGACCUUACACAAACAUUUUAAUUGUAACAUCUGUAGGCAAAAAGUCAUAUUCAUCUUCCUGUCUCCUCAGCCAGCUUCCCAAUCUUACCCUUGCCUGUCAAAGUUCAUUUGGAGAUCUCUUCAGUACUGGCUUUUUAAAAGUUCCCUUGUGUACACGAGAGGAGUAAUGUUGGAAGAAGAAAAAAAUUAACAGGGCUAAAUCUAGUUCUCAGUUCCAACAAGGUUAGACUCAUGGAAUCAAUAGGACUUGGUGAACUCAACAUUUAUUAAAUCCUAUUGAUUCUGCAGUUAAGAAUAAGACUUGGAUUUAGUCCAUUCAUAUUGAAUUUGUACUAUGGCAGCAAUCCUGCACCCAGAUAUCUAGAGCUAAACCCCAGAUUACAGCUGGACUUGAUUCAGAUGCUUGGGAUUGCACUGUAAAAUAAUUUCAAUCACUGGUCCAGUGGCAAGCAUGUUUCCCAUGUUAGCAUAUAUCUUAUGAGCUAGGUAGACAUUUUUGCUUGUUAUCUCAUGCCAUUCUUUGAGAUUAAAAGCAGUGACUGUCAAUCUUUUAAUACUAUCAUUCUGCCAAUGGUGACAUUAGCUAUAGUGUUUGUAAACUGCCACCAUGUUUCAGCAAAAGUUGUUCAGAAUAGCUUGAUGGCUAAGAUUUGUAUUAUUAUGCUUAGCAUUGCUUACCUAUGCAAAGCUGUCAUGCUUUGGUUGUUUGUAUUGUAUUAAUUGCAGCAGCUGCUUUCAUUUAAUAUGUCCUGUUAAUUGGAGAUGACAGCCAUCUGUUGGUGACAGAGGAAUGCUUGCUUUCAAAGCAAUGAAGUUUUCCUGCAUUUAACUCCACCACCAAGGGCUAACCAACAGGCCAGUAGUUCCUUUUUUGUUAUCUCUCACCCAGUUUAUUUAUUUCCUUAAGUUAUUGCUUUUUCUUUCCUAAUAAUUCGUAGCAUGGCUUGGCAAGCUACAUGGAACAAUUAGAAGCUGUACUUAAUGAUACGUUAUUAGUCAGGCUAAAUAUUCUGUCUCAAGAAAGACCGUGACCACCCAAAGCAGCUUUAAUGUGAGAAACUGAUAAAGUUACUGAUUCAAGGUGUUAGGCAGAAGCCCAGAGUUUUAUUCAUUUUUUGUUUUGUUUUCUGCUACACCUAAUGAUAAUUGCCUUCUAACCAGAUCAGUCCAAUCUAAUUAAGUUUAUAUGUGCAAAAGCAAAACGAUUGGAAGACUGAUCAAACGGCUUUUGAAUUUGUAUGCCUCCAGUCACCUAUAUAAAAUAGCAAUGUCUGCUGUGCCAAGCGAGCCUUUUCUGAUUCAUGCUACCUUAAUUAAAUAUUGGCUGUUGGACUACUGUUUCCCUGUGAACCCAGACUCUCCUUAGUGUCUUAAUGUUAAAUUUUCUUGAAAAUGGAUACAAUUUCCCAACCUCUGGAACAGCGGAAAGGGGAUACACACAAGGAAAGAGCUUUAAGGCUUUGGGGAUAUGUUUGUGUCUUGCCUUCUUUUGUGUGUGCAAGUGGGAGCUCAGGAAGAGGAAAUGGUGCUACUAUUUAAAAGUGACCUUUAUCAUCUCUGGUUGUUGCUACAAUUAUUCCUUGGAGCCUUCUCUAGCUUUUGUACCUUGUUGCUUCAAAGAGAAAAAAAAACUGCAUUCUUCAAUGUGGUAGGUUGUAGUUGGGAAUUUCAGAGAGAGAUUGAAAGAGAUAAAAUGCUGGUGCGUAGUUAUUACCCUUCCAAAGGGAAUCCCAUGGAGCAAAUUAAAAUAUACUGAAUUUCUUAAACUACUGAUUCCCUUCCCUACUUAAUAACAUGUCUAUAGUUUAUAAUCUGAAGGGCAGAAUUCUAUAAAUAAUAAAGCACUUUGCAUAUAGUAGUGAGUGUAAAGGGGGAACAUAUAUGUUUAGUUUGGUACAGCCCUUCUACCGUGUGAUAAAGAAGAAUUCGCAUGUUGGUUUAUUCAUGUUACCACGUGGCUUUUAAAAACCAUAAAUCUUACAGAACUUGUUGCCAAUGCGGCCAGUGCAGUUCUAUAUCUGUGCUAGUUUGUGGGUUAUCUAGGAACCUCAAUCCCAGAGAUUCUUAGAAGUCUACAAUAGGCUGUUUCUAAAAAUCAGUACAUUAACCAUUUGUAUGCCAUGUAACAGGAAGCAUUGUCAAACCCAUGCACUGUCAAAUUUUAAAUAUUUCCAGCUUUUGAAAGCCUGCUUUUUCUAUAAAAAAGAAAAACUAUUUAGUCAGAAGUUUAAAUCAUAGCAGCACUGAUGUUGCCUGUUUUUGCCAAAGAAUUACUGUACGGAAGACAAAAUUAUUGUGAAACAGUGGAAGGAAACUGUGUAUUAUUGCACAUAAACCUUAACAUUUAUUUUAAUCUGUGUAACAGAAACAAUUCAAUGUUUCUUGGCAGUGCUUGAAAGCAUGUUGUAAUGAAAGUGUGGAACCCUGUUUUCCAGGAGAUUCCGCACAUGCUCCAUUGAAAUGAAUGGCAGCCUUGAAAGAGUUCAGAUUCCAUUCCAUGCCUGUUCAUUUCAAUGGAGAUUACAUAAAUGUUCCUGCUGGUUCAAAGCCAUCGUUUCAUAUAAAGCAGCCAUUUCUCUCCUCACAUAUAUUAAUAACCUUUACUAUUUUAACUUCAUAUGUAACACUUCAUUUUCUAUUUUUUUAUUUACAAUGUUUUUUCACAUCUGUUUUAAAUAAUGAAUACAGAAGAAAGUAUUCUGUAUAGUUUUUUUUAACUGUCUUCAGGUUGGGUUUUUUUUUCAAAACAAAACUUUUGAUACAAUCUUAGUCUUUUUUAAAUGGGAGGGGGUGCCUAGAAUUGUCACUGAAACUGGUUUCAGUCUGAAUCGUGACUCAUAGCAUAUUUAGGACUUUUAUUGUUUGUUUUUUUAAGAUGUUGAGACUUUAAAGAGAAACCUGUAGUGUAAAACAAGCAGUGUUCAUAGUUUUUAAAGCAUUCUGUUACGUUUUCUAGACAUAACUGCAUAUUGAAAAAGUAUUGUAAAUUGUUUAACUGACCAAUAAACUUCUGUUUGUUUGAA